AUGUCUCAAGGCCGCUUUUUCCCCAUGCCACCAAAGAAAUCGACGAAAUCGACUCAUCAAGCAACUCCCUUGAAAGCUCCGGACGGAGAGAUACACUUGACUUCAGGAUCCAAAGCCCCUGCUUCCACUUCCCAUCGAUAUCAAGAGUCAACUUCCAGAACCCCAAUUGUAGGCCGCCGUACUUUGCGUGAGCGACCCAAACCAACCUUAUCAAAGAAACCAGUGAUCAGUAAGCGUAAGGCGCCUCCGGCUUUGCAAGAUACUACUUCGAAUAAAAAAGUGCAACCAAAUAACAAAGGUAAAUCGAAACCGAAGACAGCCCAAAGCCGCCCGCCUCCUUCGAAGGAGCUGUCACCUCCGUCAGAAAAUCCAUUUGAUCCCAAAGAUUUGGAUCAAUUUCUUCCCCUUGGACCAGAACCACCACCAAGAAACUUGAGUAUGUGCCAUGAAUACGGCGAAAGCGAUUACGAGAACGACACCGAGCCCAUUGCCAACAUCAACAACACCAACACCAACAACAGUCGCAAUUACACGACCCUCCAUCCCCCAAAGUUUGUUCCCCUGCAGGGAUCUAGAUUACAAACUUUUAAUCGAUACUCUAAUCGCGCUGAUCUCGACGACCAUCACCUCGCCAUGGGCCGACAGUUGUGUAGUAUUACCGAAGUUCGGAAGCUCGCGACGUCCAAAUCUACUGCUGUUGGAACUCCGGCUGCAGCUGCACCCUGGCUUUCAAAGGACGACUCUGCUGAGCUACGAGAUGGCAUUAUGUCCAAUCCUGAUAAAUGGAAAAAACGUUUGCUUCCACGUGGAUAUGGCAAGAACCCAAAAGUGGCGGAUGCUAAAUCUCUCAACACCUUGGUCAAUGUUGUGUUGAAGGAACUUCUCGAGAAUAUACAUUUACCAGGCCAAACUGGCAGCACAGGCACUGGUGCCAUACCCACACUCAAUGGGGUCGUGGCCAGGCUUCACGAUAAAGAAUUUGGACAAGUCGGCGGCCGUGUACCUGUUUGUGACGAGAUCUUUGAACAGGUGGGACAUCUUCAAAAGGCUCGUUACGCUUACAUUCGGAUGCAAGCCUGCCAUUGGGGCUUUUACAAGGCGGAUUACAAAGACGGUGCAACCUUGUGGGGGAUUGUGGAUGAGAAACUAGAGUAUUUGCGAUCACGAUCCAGCAGGUAUCGACAUGCGUUCGCCAUCCUGUGCUUGUCAGAAGACUUGGAGGUAUUUGGCAAUAAUAAGCCUUUAAAUAUCAAUGAAACGUGGGGCUCGGAGGUUCCAGAGGACGAGUUGCUUCACAAACAAGACGAAAGGCAGGCUGAGAAGGAGGAUGAUAAUGACAAUAUUGACAAUAUUGACAAGAAUGAUGAAGAAGAAGAAGAAGAGGAUGAGAAAGAAGAAGAAGAAGAAGAGGAUGAGAAAGAAGAAGAAGAAGAAGAAGAAGAAGAAGAGGAUGAGAAUGAUGAUGAAGAAGAAGAAGAUUAG